AUGACGGCCGCGAUGGACGCGAAGGCGCCUCGCGUCCGUCGUGCUGCCGCCCCCGUCCCGCCCGCCCCGCGCGACCCGCCUCUACCCGCGCUGCCCCACCCCCCGUUACGUGCAGCAGCAGCCGCGCACGCAACUGCGCGUGCUGCCUUCCGCGCUGCCGCGCCCCCGGUGCGAGCAGCAGCAACCCUAUCCGUUCUCGCCCUCUGCGCGCUCGCGUCACUGCUGGCGCCUGCUGCGGCGCGGCCUACCAAGGAGCAGUUCAUCGACGAAUUGAAGCAGACCCGCGACGCGCUUGCGGACCCCAAGCUGAACGGCCGAUAUUCCGCCACCCACACACUCCUUGACCACGUCAUCCCUCAACUGGAGACUGACUGGAACCCGAACGAAGAUUUCCUCAACAAGGUCGACCACAAAACCAUGAUGCUGCCGGAGGACCGCGCCAUUGCUACCUCGGCGCCGGACGCGCUGUCCAUGAUGGUGAAAACCGGCUUGAGGCGCGGCGACGUCGACCCGUUCACCAAGCUCUUCCGCGCGCAGAUGCUCGACGGCACGUACGAGGAGGACGACAUCGCCAAGGCGUCUGAGCUCAAGGACGUGAAUGGCCGCAGCGUGAGUACGGAUGAGGUUGUGGACGCGACGACCAAGUCCAAGAAGGUCGCGAUCGGAAAGGGCAAGGCUAAGAUCAAGACUCCUGGAAUUUUCAGGGGAAAGUUCCUCACCAUCCACGGCGUCGACGCGUCGCAGCCGGAGGAGUAA